AUGGCCUUGAGCACCCAAAGAGCAUCUGCUUUUCUUCCUUCAGGUGAUCAGUCGGCUCCUCGUCAAUGGAACUACGAUGUGUUUUUGAGUUUCAGGGGUGUAGACACUCGAAAAAGCUUUGUGUCCCAUUUAUACCACGAAUUGCAGCACAGGGGCAUUAAAACAUUCAAGGAUGAUCCAAAGCUUGAAAGAGGGACAGCCAUUUCUUCAGAGCUCCUUAAUGCAAUCCAAGAAUCAAGGCUUGCUAUCGUUGUUCUCUCGCCAAACUAUGCUUCUUCUUCCUGGUGCUUGGAUGAACUUACAAAUAUUCUCCAAUGCAUGAAAUCCAAGGGCACGGUUCUGCCUGUGUUUUAUAAUGUGGAUCCCUCGGAUUUUACACGUGAGCAAAUGGAUUUGCUUUUAGAUCCUACAGAUGAUGUUCGCUUUGUAGGGAUAUGGGGGAUGGCAGGCAUUGGCAAGACAACCAUUGCUAGGCUUGUUUAUGAAAGCAUUUCUAUUCAUUUUGAAGUUAGCUGCUUUCUUGCUAAUGUUAGAGAGGCUUUUGAAGGUAAUCGUCUUGUUGAUCUACAAAGACAGCUUCUUUUCCCUAUCUUGAAGGAACAAAUUACUCAAGUUUUGAAUGAAGACUGGGGGACCCAUUUCAUUAAGAAUUGCUUAUGUAAUAAAAAGGUUCUUCUCAUUCUUGAUGAUGUGAAUGCAUCAAGCCAACUAGGGAAAUUUGCUAAGGAAAAGGAUUGGUUUGGUAAGGGGAGUAUAAUCAUCAUUACAACUAGAGAUGAACGGUUGGUUAAAAAGCAUGAUAUGGAGAUAUCAUAUAAGCUUGAGGGAUUAGGUGAUGAUGAGGCUCUUGAGCUCUUCAGUCUGAAUGCCUUUAAAAAAUUUGAGCCUGACGAAGGUUUUUGGGAAUUGUCCAAGUGCUUUGUAAAUUAUGCUGGAGGCCUUCCAUUAGCUCUUAAAAUUUUGGGAUGCUCUGUGUAUAAGAGAGAUCGAGAUGAAUGGGAAAAUGAAUUGGAUAAGCUACGGAAAAUUCCUAAGACAGAAAUUUUCGAUUUGCUCAAAAUCAGUUUUGAUAGACUAGAUGAGAUGAACAAGAAUAUAUUUCUUGAUGUUUCUUUUUUCCUUAAGGGGAAGGACAAGAAUAAAGUAAUUGGAAUACUAGACAGUUGUGACCGUUGUGGUGGGAUAAAUACUCUGGUUGAGAAGUCGCUCUUAACUAUUGAUAUUUCAAACAACGGUUACAUUGUUGGGAUGCAUGAUUUGAUACAAGAAAUGGCAUUUGAAAUUGUUCGUCAAGAGUCUCCUGAAGAGCCCGGUAGACGUAGUCGAUUGUGUCAUCCUAAUGACAUCAUUCAUGUAUUAAUAAACAAUACGGCAACUAACAAAAUUCAAGGCAUUGCCUUAAGCAUGGCAGAACUUGAAAAGGCGGAUUGGAAUUGUGAAGCAUUCUCUAAGAUGAUUAACCUGAAAUUUCUUGAAGUUGAUAAUGUGAUCAUUUCCUUAAUGUCAAUCCCCAGAAUUCUUCCUAAUUCCUUAAGAAUUCUGAAAUGGAAUUGGUAUUCUUCCAAAUAUCUCCCAUCAAAUUUUCAACCGAAUAAACUUGUUUCACUUGAGAUGCGGGACAGCAAACUAGUUGGGCUCUGGGAUGAAAGAAUUGACUUGCCCAAUUUGAAAUACAUAGACCUUAGUUUCUCUCGAAACUUGGCAACAACCCCAGAUGUCACUGGCAUUCCAAAACUCCAGGUGUUGUAUCUUCAAUGGUGUGGGAAUUUAGUUGAGAUUCACCCGUCCGUUGCAGAUCUCAAAUGUCUUACAAAAUUAAUACUAGAUGGAUGCGAAAGUGUUAAGAGUCUUCCAAGUGAGGUAAAAAUGGAUUCUCUUGUGUCUUUCAGUCUUAGCGGUUGCUCAAAACUGAAAAAGAUUCCAGAAUUUUCAAGACAAAUGGAAAAUUUGUCAACUCUUAAUUUAAGAGGGACGCCCAUUGAGAAAUUACCUUCAUCAAUUGGACGUCUUGUUGGCCUUACUUUUCUGGAUAAAAGUCGUGGGAGAUGGACCGUCCUAAUAAAUCAAGGUUUUGGUGGGGCCUCCAAAGAAUGGCUUUUGUGUUGGGUUCGCUACAUGGUUUAUGGUCUUUGA